AUGUUUUUCGAAGAGCGCAAUUGCAACAGUAGCAACGCUAUGGCAGAGGCUCUCAACUUCUCCCGAAAUGCGCCUGACCUUUCGUUCAUUCGUAGCCUUAUGCCCCCGGACUCUGAGCUGGGUGCACAGACCAGAGAGCUCGCUGCGAGCAUUUUUCUCAGUCUCUCUACGGCUGCUUCAUCAACCCCCUGCUCGACACUAGCUCCAAACAGGCUGCUAGAACUGAAGAGCCAACACACCCCCAUUUCGAUGGUUCCAACUUUCGUUCCCAACGGCUGCGAUCCGGCGUACAGCCUCUCCCGCUUUUUCCUACCCUUUAAUCGCAGGGCGAACAACGACGUUGAGAAUACCCAGGCGGCCUAUGAACAAGCCUUUUUGCCGAAGGCGGUUGAUAGGACGCAUAGGCAGCCUUACGCAGAAUACCAUCUAGCAGCCUUCCAGCGAGCGCUGGAUCAUUUGGCCCUUUUGGGUCUUUCAAACAACCGCCAGUCUCCGUCUACAGUGAACAACGUUCUGCCAACCGGCUGCACCAGUGCCACCAAUGCGCCUGUGGAAAUCUCGAUUCAAAAGACACAAUGUCCGCCAAACAACUCCGGAAAUGUUAGUCAGUUGGUGCCCACAUGUCAGAGCUCGACUUACCCCAAUGUCACCGCCUCCUGCAGUCAGUAAGUUUCCUAUGAGUUUUCCUUUAUUCGAUUAUCGUCUUGACCUCGAAAGUGUUCGUGGCCCGCCAAUACCCAUCAAUGAACCCUAGCUUCCUCAGGUGCAUAUGAACCACCCCCUGAAGAUUGGCGCCGGACUUGCAACGCAUAAAAUCCGAUACUCGAAAGGAAUUACUGACGAAAUCAAGGGGGUCGCAAUGGCCAUUCACGGCUCGUAGGAAAUGAGAUGUCCGUACUCAACUUCAUACCAAGGAUAGAUAUGAGAACGCCACUUCUGCAGAACAAAAAUUUCAAUUUCAAAGCAGGUCAACGUGAAGUUCAGUAAGAUGAUUGCCCCGAGUGCGCUCAGUAAUUACACCCCUUUAGUACUUCGCCCUAAUAUUUUACAUAAUAACUCCUCAGAGGGCUAAUUGGAACAUAUCUAAAAAUCGGAUUUUGAGAACUUAGGCAUUAGGUACGUCAAAAUGUUCAUUCAUUGUUCGACUUCCUAAAAGACUAUGAAUAAAAAGCGGUUGUCGGUGAAAAAGUCGGAAAUCAAUGACAAAAGUAUGAUCAUCAUCUCAAUCAGAUAUAGACUGUUUAAAAGUACUUCUGUCGAACUGUUUUUUCGCUCUUUUGUGGCGUCCAUGAAAAGGUUUUGUUGAGUUAUCGGGUUGUGGGAAAGAGUUUGGCCUAUUUUUGGGAAACUGUGUCCUUUGUCGUAUUCCUCCCCUUCGCCUCUUCAUUUUGAUUUAGCUGGACCAAUUAAAAAGGAAGUAGAAGCUGCUCUUUUUGUCAUAUAACGUCCAAUCAUUGUCCUUAUCUCAAAUCCUCUAGACCUAGGCAUAUAGUCAUCGCCCUUAGGUUCGGUGUCGUAAGAUCUCUUUUGUAGACUGCUUGUUCGAAUUGACUUUCACAAACAAAAAAAUUAAAUGCUUUCUGCGGAAGCAAUGGCAUGCUGUCACGGCCGUCUUCCCUAGGCAGCAGUAAAAUCUAAACUUCACUUAAAAUAUCACAAGAACCGUAUGAAUUAGUGGUGGAAUGUACAUUCCUCUCGCAUACCCCAUGUUUAACUGACCCUGCUAGUCAGUCGGCACAUUUUACCUCUACGGCACAAUCGCAGAAGCAUGAUGAAUGGUUGCCACGCCAUGCUAGCGCGUGCAGAUACAACAAUCACCACCUUGUAGGCGAACAAACAAAUGCACGAUUUGAAUCGGCCUGGGCAUUGGGGAGGGCGUGGACGGAAGAAUUCGUUAGGAAUGUGUGUGUGCGUGUGUGUGCAAGCGACUACCGCUCGGGGAGGUAUGUCACAAUUUCAACUGCACCAGGUGGAGCAGAAGGUCGACCUGCUUUCCACAGUGCUGGCGUCAGGACCGCCUCACCUGACAUUCCAGGAGAGAAAGCGCGUGGGCCGUAUUUGCGAAACAGCGGCGACAAGCAUCUCUGUGCCCGAGCUAGCAGUUGGGCGGCGCAAUUCAGCCGCGCGUCUGCGUGCGUGUGUGCGCACGUACCCACGCGUCUGUAGAGUGUUGCUUUGUGCAGACAGUCUCAUGCUACUCCAUGUGCUGCCUGGCUGGCCUUCCCAGAGGAUUUCACAGCCGUCACAGCGAGGCCACUUCAACUGAUGCUUCUGCCACCUGGGCAGUGACCAAAUACAGGAGAGAGCGAGACAGAAAAACAGUGCAUGACUCAUAAACAUCCGAAUGCGCGCACAUAAGCACUCCGUUCGGAAGGCAGAAUCAUCAGUAGCGGCAGGUUCAUCCGCCAGUGCCUGUGUACGCGCGUAUGUGUGCGUGUGUAUCCACGCCGAUCCCUUUCCUCCCACUCUUACCUUAACUAGUCCUCUUCCCGAGAGACCGCUUUGCCGAUCAUUUCCAUGUCAGGCCUCUGGUGCAUGCUGGCUUGCGCGUGUGCAGGCACAUACACCCGCGCAGCUGCGCACUCCUGCGGCGUAUCUGUAUUCCUUUACGGUUGUUAGAGGCCCCGUAUGCGACAGCUGCGGCGGCAGGAGCGGUUGUCGCAUCUAACAAUGCCAAGAUGUCAUUUUGGCUGUUGUCAUCAUUGCUGUUACCCAUUUACUUCUUCAGAUCCUUGUUUCGCCGGUGAAUGGCCUUUCAAGAGGAGGAAAAUGUUUUAUGGUCUGGCUAGUUGAAAAAAAAACAGCGGAACAGAGGCCACUGAGUUUUUCAUUGAUAGGCAGCUAAGCAUUUCUUUUGUUGGAAGGCGCGCGGCCUCUGGAGCAGGUUAUAAAACUGUUGUGACAUGGCGCCUAUCCCAGAACUAUAUAUUAUGCCCUAUUGACGAGGUUUUGGAUUGCAACCCUACUGGAAAAACUUUAGUUAAUUACAACCCUCACGCAACUAUGGCCAUGUUCGUAAGGGGUAAGCCUAACCACUAAAGCGUGAGCAUUUAAGGAAGAAUCGAACGCGACCGCAAUCUUAAUCCGAACCUUAAAACCCUGACCCUAAAUCAAAAAAUCCAUUUACUGCCCUCAACUCCAAAUCCACACCAUAAUCCGAACCUGGCAACCCUAACCCUAAGAAUAACAUAGCUCCUAACACUAACACUAACUCUAAACCUGAGCCGGAUACGAGCGCCUUUAACGUCAAUAAUGCUACUGGAGAUCAAAAUCCGCGUGCCGCAUAAUCUCUUUCGCGCCUCAUUGCCAGACAAACCUUUUAUGAGCCAUACCAGUUUAAAUAAGAUGGGAAGAUAGGUUUUCGAACAACCAACCAGGGAUAUUGCAAACCCUACCCUCAUCUGCUUAGUGUAUCCGAAAUAGCACUACUUCGUCUAAAAUUUCGCGAAAGCGGGAUUCGACAAAAGCACUCUGUUAAUGCACCUGUAUUUAGCCGCAUUAUAGGCGCACGAGCGUGAAAAACAGAUGUUUGGUCUGAUUUCAGUCAAGGCGCCGGUUCUUACUCACGCUACAAUAUCAGAUGCUAUUCAGCCCUGAGAUCACAGCAAUACCAUAACAGCGAAGUCCCAUUUCUCAGGUAAGGUUAUGCGUGCAACUUGGGAUUUUUUGCGGUUGAAAGUGAAUUAAAACUAGCGGUUCUCUUUCCCCGGGACUAAAUUUAUCAGCUUUUUAUAUUUCCUGACAACGGCAAAAGUUACAUCUGCACUGUCAGAGUGCUUUAAAUAAUCUUUGACAUUCUACCCAAUAACUGGCGCUAUGUGUACCUUAACUCCGCUUCCGACAUGGAAUAGCGCUGACAUGCAAUUUUCCGACCACCAAAGACAUAGGUUUUCCUCCAUAACUCAUAUUAUUUUUCCACAUUCUGUCCCAUGUUUUAGUUACAUACAGCCUUAAUAGUAAUUUGGGUUUUUCUUUAAUAUUUCUCAAAACUAUCCGGCUUCUUGAGAAUCUGAAGUUCUUUCCGGUAAAGCCUUUCAUUAUAAAAUCCUGCAAAUCAAAUGGUAAAAUAAGUUCUCCUCAGCAUUUUAGGGCGCGGUUGAUUAUAUUCCCUUUUACAGAAAUGAAACGCGCAUUCUAUUCUCUUUCUUUUUUUACGUAUAUGGGGCUUCAGCAGCAAACGUCGAUAAUCAGUGGAGUUCGUGUAAAUUACAUCAAAAAUUCUGUCGCUCAACUCUUUGAAAUAAUGCUAGUUAUGACCCGAAACAGUGUCGAACCUGGUGUCGGGAUGUCUAGAGACCCCUGGGUCUCCAAAUGGUCGAUUGCACGGCGUAGUACCAUAUUUUUUGCUUUAAAAUCAACGUUACACGACCGUCUAGAAUUUAUAGGCUAUAACCCCCUAUGAAAUAUGAAAUAUCAAAGCCAGGCAGCAAAUGCAUGUGGCUGUCAAUUGUUUUUUAGCAAUUUUUUUCUAAAUAGCUUUCGGCAGCCGAUUUCUCAUGACUCCGAAAUUCAGGGUUCUGGGAUAAAGAGAAUUUUUAAUAAAUGAUGUGAACAUGAGGUCAAAGGACCCAUUUCAGAAUACCUUUUCAAACCCUUGUCUUACUUUACAGCAGGAUAUCGAAUUUAAUUUUAUGUCUGCAUGUUUACUAAAUGUCAACAACUGACUGUAGAGACUCUUGUUUUGGCUCCAAAAUUAGGUGCAUCUAUGCUAACACAGUGGCAAUUUCUGUGCCAAUAUCAAUCGAAGAUAUCGUUUAUGAACGUUUCCAAUAAUGCCUGCGGCAAUGGGCUUGUGAAGCAAAUUUAAACACAGUAAAGAAGGAGAGGAAUUUGCUUAGACAUGAUAAAAGUGUUUAGUCUUACAUUCUGUUUCAGAUAUAUAAGUGUUCCUGCUACGUGCAAAGGCCGUUUAUAAGGCGCAAAAAUGGACAAAUGGGAGUAAACUCAUGUUAAGAUAGCCACAAUCCCGAUCGCAACUGACUGAACAACGGGCUCAUUGCCAGAAUGUCAGAGAGUUGUACGCCUAACAACAGGUCGGGGUUCAAACCUCGGGGGUUGCAAACCUGGGGUUGAGUAUGGCUGGCUGAUGACGGCUGGCAAGCCAGAAAUGGCUAUUCAAGUCCCACGUGCCUUUGCCAGUUGUUUUAUUCUACUACAACCAAGGCUUGAUUUCCCGCUGUUUGUCAAUUUUAGAAAUGAAUGUCAGCGGACUUCGAAGUUCCCUGAAGAACGUCGAUCUAGGGUGAUCAUUCAUCAGAUCGGAGGCGCGGAGGAUCAUUUUUCGAAGGCAUUACAAGGCUUGCAGGCGCGAAAUACGGUAUGAUAAUUGAGCAUUGUUCGUGAUUAUAAGUUACUUAUGUCUAGACUACAUUCUGUUCAGGAUAAAUUUAUAAUUCUCCCAUAUGAGUAAAAGUCGAGAUACCGACUUUUCUCACCGACUUUAGUGAAAUUAUGUUCAUAGCCCAGGUAACGCGAAAAGCAACUUUUGAAAAAUGCAGUGCCUAUGCCCUGAAUACGGUCCUGGUCAAAAAGUCGGUUGUUAAUUUCCGUUAAACGAUUUUUUACGUAAUAAAUCCGACAAGGAUCGUAUAUUUGCACUCAUUUUUCGAGUUAGCCAGUCGCAUGCUAACGCUUCAGUUUUCAGUCACUACUGCCAAUAAAAAACAUUAAUAAAAGCUUCAGAUCCACUGAGUAGCAAUCUAAAGGGAAAAUUACUGAGUCUUAUUUUUCUUUUAUAAAAGAUGAAUAUAUUUGUUGCAUAAGCUAAAAUCUCCAUGAAGAGUCAUUGAGCUCAAGUGUGCAGUUUUGCGUUUAGAAAAAUUUCGAGACAUGACAAAUGCACUUGACAGAGACAACUUAGAAUUGACUCAAUACUUUAUUAAUACUGUAUAAAGUCAAAUAUAGCUCAAAAGAAAACUAAAGCUUCAAGAGUCUGUCAAGACCUGCUUAUCCGUAAACCGCAAUAAAAGAAAAAAAUCAUUUUUAAAUAAAGGCCGUUUGCGUGGAUAUUAAAAGGGUGCACAUAGGCUUUAACCAAAAUAACCAUAGAUUUCUAUUGCAUUAAGUAGAUAGCGCCUUACAGGCAUUUCCCUCCACAUUUAAACUGUCUUCACAUAAGGAAGAUAUACAGCACCAGUUCGGAACGACAAGCGUACAUUGACACAACAUGAAUACACUGAUAUAUUCCUACAAGUGCUACAUGUUUGAUGUAUGUAAUUAAUUACAUACUGUCAUUUCACACUUGUCUUACAACUUGCUUUUUGUGACGCUAUUGUAACCAAUAGUGAGUUGAGAGGCGUUCGCCUAUCUUUCUCUUAAUAAAACUUGUCUAAAUUGAACUGAAACAGGACAUUAUAACCUUAAGUGGAUUUUUUCGUAUACACUUGCACCCGCAACAAGGUUUCCUUGUUAUGUCAUUUGAACAUAAUCAAAAGAAAUUACGUCAAAAUAUUAGACUCGGCACAUUUCCUCAUAGGAGGCCGGUGUUGUUGGCACAGUGGACUUCAUCUAAUCAAGCCACCUGGAAUCAAAACGUCCGGACCAGUUGUAUGAUUGGUCACACUAUCCCCAUUUACUGUGUACAGCCGCUGAUUAAGUAUUUGCACAAGUUAUGUGCUCUUCUAUUAUCCUCUCCAUUCUUACUGUGUUCUCUAGCGUUCUCCGAGCUGUUUUGCUGUCAUAAGGCGACAAUGAUUGUAAGUUUUGACAAGCCCAUUUUCACGGCCUUUUGGCGCCGUCUUCCUUCGGGAUGUUAGCCCAUCAUUUGGUCCACUAGCAGGUAGUGUCAGUGAGUAUUGAAUUCUUCCUAAACGUCUGAGCACGCAAGCACGCCACCAGACCUAUCGACGUUGGCUUCGUCUAGACAGGAAACAUCUAAUUAUCGUUUGACGCGAAGGCUGUCGCUCUCUCCCCCGUCACACACUCCACCUCUACUUUGACCGCCCUUGGCCACGUCCUCCCUCUACCUCUCUUUCUCUCUCGCCCUCUUUCUCCUCGUAGUUCGACAGCACAAUCACCUGCAUCUCGGUGGUGUGCUUGUUUCCCCGCACUCACUGCGGACUUCCGUAGAUUAUCUGGAUAUGCGUCCGAACAGUGAGCCGUAUACUUGUUUGUCUAAAAUGCAGUGCCCUCUCAGUCCGGGCCUUCUAACUACUAACCUGGAAUACCAACUGAUCAUUUAGGCGGAGGAUAUGGAUAUAUUAAAUGGGAUCGGUUCAUGGUGGCUCAUACGAUGUGUUUUACUUCUUCAAAAUGUGACCCUACAAAGCGACCGACCAGUUUGUUUGGUGACUCCAUUAGCUGGAGUUCACGCUGUAUUUUUCUGAAGUGAACGCGUUUUCUCAAUGGCCACUAGGAGACAAUUUAAGGAAACAUAGCCCCGUUGGGCAUGCAAUCGUCCUCUACAAUGUGGGCUGUAAUUCGCCAUAUUGUCAACUUGCACACUUUUCCACCCGAAAAGAGUAUAAUCUUUGCCGUGCCUUGUGAAGCAGUCCGUGAUGCUAUCUUUUUUUACCAAUACAUCUUAAAUAAAAUCUCUCUGAAAAAGUUCAUAAACAUUGCAGCAAAUAUUGCGCCCGCGCAAACCUACAGAAGGUCUUUAUUUAAAGAUACCUUCAACAUAUGGAGUGCGGAAAAGGCUUUUAAGGAUGCCAAAUAUCUCACCCAUAAAGAGCAAAAAUAUUAUCCGCAGGUUUAAUCUGCGCCUCACAUGAAGCAUCUUCUGUAAUCAUUUUAAAAGGGAAUGGACAUUUAUCUCAAAUGAAGUUUAAAGAGGAAGAGCAUACUCUAGAGAGCAAGUGGGAUGGAGGUUAAUUUAGAUGGAACUAUCCGCGUGUGGCCAGAAGCAUUUUUAGGGCGAUGCUGAGGUGGAGAGACUAGGUAAGAAUUAAGUUAAUGCGCGAAGUAGGGAAAAGCUAUGAAGAGCUGCCUACUAUAUUUUUCAAAGAAGGUGUUGUCAUACAGAGUUUUAAGUCGGCCUUUAGUCGGCGGAAUGGCAUUCGCCGUCAUGCACAGCCCCGAAGAUCCAUUACUACUGAAAUGUUUGCCCUGGUUCAUCUUUUAUCACACCUCACGCGUAAAAAUUUAUUAAGAGUAAAGCUCAAUUUUAAAAGAAAGCUCGGGGCGGAAGGCACUCAGUUAUUAAAAAGAUGCUCGAAAUACUGGUAUAUGGAAUGAAUACGUCUGCUAAUAAAGCGGUAGUAUUAAAGCUCUGGCGAAUUUGCUAAACAGCACUUGAAACUUUCGCACCCUGCGCAUAUACUUAAUCCUUGCCAGAGACUGCACCCAAGUGUCCCAUUCGGCAGGGUUUACGGUUUCAUGAUAGGAUGUGAUAGGCCAUGCACUCUGUCGAAUACGAACCACCCAUUAUCAUAACCCCAGAUAGGUUUCUGAUAGAUGACAGAGGGCACUUAUAAUGGUGACUCCUCGACGUGUUUAAUCAGCUAGUCUCAUGUAAUGACAAAUGACCGCGCAUGUGCACUAAUGAUGGAACGUCCUUUUCAGCAAGUUAAGGAAUCACGCGAACUGAUUUGUUAAUCACGAAGCAACGUUUUGACAAAAUGUUGCUAGGUCUUGCUAAUGUAAGUUCUUUGUUCUAGGUCUACACCAUGGUAUUUUGGACUAGCAGCAUGAAAGUGCGAAUCAUGUUUCUCGUCUAAGUCCACAUGCAUUUGAAUCACCGAAUUAGUGUGAAAUGAAUAAGGAGUCAAGCACGGAAAACGUACGCCUUCGAUUAUUCACCACCAGGUAGAGUAGCACAGUUGAACAGCCAAAAAAUGUCAGUACGAUAGAGAGGGUUGGGGGACGUUUAGAGGUCAGGGGUCGUAGUAUAGCUCUGUCAGUGCAUUAGGGAUGUGGAAGAGGGAGGUCUUUGUUAACUAGCUGUCCCCGUUUCAUCGUUGUAACGUGACUGGGCGGACGUGAGCACAAAUGCAAAGCCGGAAACUAAGCUUAGUCAGCUGCCUCACCAGCUGAGCUAGGAGAAAAUGCACUCCACAUACGCUUGAGAAUGGACCCGCCAUAGUAGAAAGACACUCUGAGUGGGAACAAUUAACCCGAAAUGUUUAUCAAUAACUAUUAGGAAAAACGCCCUGCAAAAUCUGAUGUGGCGACGGCUGAGAAAAAGGGAUCAUUUCUCACAAUUCCAUUUCGAGGGGGUCCAGCGAGCUAAUUGCUGCAUUGUCGCUUAAACUCUGCUAUCGUGCCCACACAUACUCAGCCGCUAAGAUAGGGCUUGUUUUCACAAGCACUCCGUUUCUUCGCCUUGAAGGAAUGGUGGAUGCCUUUUCAGACCUCUUCAGUGUGCAGUUACGCAUUCAGCGGCUACUUUGGAGCAGGGGAUACUUGUCGAACGACUAGGAGUCUAUCUAAGCGGAUGCCAGAGCACCAUCCCGACUGGCUAAAUCAAGGUGUGGAAAAGUCCAUCUUUAGCGCAAUUGCGAUUCACUUGUUUGACAGCGGUCACGGAGUAGACGUAAAUUAAACAUUCCGAAUCAUCUAUAAAGCAUCGGAGAGACACUCGGAAUUUCUGCCUCAGCGGGUACUUGCAACGACAAAUGCUGUGGAAGCACAGUUAGCCAACCCAACCUGAUGGUCACGUAAAACGUCUGUACAAGCCCUAAGGCUCCCCUAGGCAAAGUAAACCCAGCAGAUUUGCUCACACACAACAAGGCCCGGUGCAGCGAUGAAACAGGGACAGCUAAUUGCCGAACACAAUCCUCCCUAUCCUCCUUAAGCCCCUGACUGAACUAAAUUCUGACUCCUGACUUCCAACCGCACCUCAACUCUAUCCGCCGUACUGCCUUUUAAUGACUACUUAACUUUUGUUACUCUACCAUCCCUUAUUUCACUGUACAGACCUGAGGAUAAAUAACCGCAAGCAUGCAUUUGCCGAACUUGAAUUCUUGGUGCGAACUCCUGCUUUCUGUACACAUGGUUGAUUCGCCGAAAUGUCGUUCUACUUCUUGCCGCACAUUUGGCCAUCAGUAUGACCCUGAUGCAAUAGCCACGUUGGUUGCGAGUGCUUUUUUAUUUAUAGUAUCAGCUGGAACUUUUAUCCAAAUGGGCGUCUCCACCUGGCAACAGUCCAGUCACCUUUCUUUCGUUAAUGGCUGCUUUUAAUUUCAAGCCUUCAAAUCAGCAUUUACCCUCAUUUUCCAUUUAAGUGGUUUAGUCUUUUUAUUCUAAGCAGGUAAAUUCUAAAAACGGUCAUUUGGUAUUCUCAGAAUUUCUCAGACUAUGACUACAGUCCCUUGGUUCAUUUGGCGUAAGGUUACUACUACGAGACUCUUUUAACUUUCUUAUUUUGUGACUUUAUGUUCGCCUAAAACGCAUUACGAAAACAUCCUGAUAUUAAAAUUGGUAUUUUACAGUCACUAUAAUAAGCCUCAAAUUUAAACCCCUUGUGUAUGCUAAAGUAGAUUACGAAUACCUUCCAUUGUACAUAGUAUAGGCAAACUUUUUCGCCUGAAUAGAUCGGCAUCAUCGAGGGUUCCCUCGUCUAAGCGUAUUCCGUUGCGGGACUAUGAAAGCUUCCUCCGAAGCAGCCAUUUAUGUUUGAGUAUGAGUGUUCUGCCACCAUAAGAUUGCGCAGGGUGUGGCUAAUAAACUGCCCUCCUCGUCGAGAUUUUUCGGCAGACAGGUGACUUUUGACUUACAGAACUACUUUUGCUGGUAAAAGUGACUUUUUGUAAGGGCUUAAACAUGCAGUUUUGCAUUUUUGUAUUUCGUGCGUUCGUACUGGAUUCAAACUGGAUCUUACCUAUCUUUAAAUUCGGCUGAAAAUUAAACCCCACUUAUUAAUUAAAUUUUUCAACUAAGACCCCUGUUGGUGGUGAAAUUAUAUUUAUUUUACUAGUUUUAGGGGCAUAGUUGGAGUCAAAUGUCUGCAGCAGUUCUCCCUCACAAAACGUUUCAGUACAGUUUUUAGACAAUAACUAAACUGCAAGCAGUAGGAAAUCGCUAUUAUUGUUCAGUGACGUUUCCAGCCAACGUUUACUCCGGUACACUGAGCACACGAGUGACCAACACUAUUGAAAUCAUAGUUUCAUUUUCCAAACUCUAAUUCUAAAGAUCAGUUGUAUGUUCCAAAGACAAUGUUUGUAUGGUUCUUUCCAAGCAAAGACAGGGGGCAGUAAAAUGCGUGGAAAUGGCAUUCAUUCUGCAGAAAAUCACUGUCCGUAUAAAGUAGACAUUGCAGUUUUUGCCAGAAGGCAUAGCACAUUGUUGGCCUCGACGCUUUGCCUUUGUCGCGGAUUGCCCGCAGGGCAAAUAAAUUGAAGCCUGCAAAUUCUUCAAUCGUGUACCUGUAGCCAGUCUCACCAGGCAGACACAGUACCCUUACGGAAUAAACAGCAAAUCCCCAGUAUGCUCGGUUUCCUUAGCCCGCUCAAUUCAAAAGACCACAGUUAGUUGAGCGUCACAGCGGUUUUCGUCAGUAACAAUCAUUUUUCUUUAUUUAAAUAAGUUAUAGAAGGUCUAGAGAAGUUGACCCCCAAAAUCCUGGUUAAUUCCCGUUAUAUUUAUUGUCAUAUGUCUUAAUGUAGCCCUUUAACUGUGCAUCUGAAGUUAUAGGGGCAUAUUUUUUAAAUUGAUUUUCAGGGUAGGAUGUAUUUUAUGUGACCACUGCAUAGUAAGUACGAACUUCAUAAGUUUAGGAGUAAACCCACUUCGAGAGCAUCGAUGAAGCAGUGUUGUUAAAGCAUUAGCAACUCGGCAGGAUACCAGACUGGUCCCACCCCCCUCCAGGUGCAAAUCAGGCUGUCCUCCCACCCAAAUAAUACCCCACAGACCGAAUGUCAGAACUGUUUCGCACCGUACCACCUCCCCCGGUGGAUAUCGCUCCAACGUGUGUGGCGGCAUGCCAUCUUUGCACAUUCCUGUAUUAACUGGGUGUGUGUUUGCGUGCGUAGCGUGUGCUUGGUGCCACAUGAAUGCAUGGAUUCCAGCAUGCAUAGAAGAACGCAGGGCGGUCUUCACUUGAUGAAGCCGAGCGAGAAUUCUUGGCAGAACCAACAGUGCAAACACCUAACCCCCCGACCCACCGACGCCGCGAAACACGCCCUGGUGGUAGGGGGGGAGGGGGAUGGUGGGGGAACUAGUGUAGACAAAGAAGGCCACAGGACGUGGGCUGGUUGGUAAUGACUGCUGGCAGGUCAGAGAGAGAAUCUGCGGCGGGUUUUUCCAGCCGUUUGGAAUGCGCAAACAGGUGAACCCCUGAGGGCGAAUAUUACUAUGGCAUGCUGCAUGGACAAUACUUAGCCCACACACGCACAUACCACAUACAGAGGGAAAGAUCACGCAAUCUGAUAGUAUAUCAACAUUUCCCUCCUGCGUCCACUCCCUACCCCCCUCCCCCCUCCGCCCCCCACCUUCCUUGACCUUCAGCAUCCUCACCACUAACGCAAAACACCUAUUGCAGGUAUCGUGUCUAUCACUUUCGGUUUUUUUCUGUACUUCAUGCAUAUUUACCGAUCACCAUGAGAAUGCAAUAAAAAGUAACGUUAUUAACAAGACGCUAAUAAGUCCAGAUUUCCCUCCGGUUAGCCCAACAAAAACAUGCAGUUAUUUCUCGCACAGGAAAUUCAGGCACUGGACCUUUGGCAGUCUGAUACCUAGAUUAGGAACCACUGUAACCGCUUACUGGACUUGAUAAGUUCAGAGCGUACUUUUGCCUGCGGCAUAUUUUAGUAUUAGGUGAUAUAGCAGACUCAAAAAAAUGCUUUCCGGAAUAAGGUAUUUCUGUCAGAAAGAUCAGUCUCUUUUUUGUACCAGUUGCAUAAACCAGCGCAUUGUUAGUGGUUUCGUAAAUCAAUUCAUCAAAUUCCAUAACAGAUGUAAGUUGAACGGUCUAGUGGAAUAAUUGGAGCCUUCAUUGUGUUGUUUGAUUUCUGGGAAACUUAAUGUGCGAACUUAGAGUAAAACCGUUAAAACAGACCUUUUCAGGCUUGGUCCGGAAAACAAUAUGAAUACUUGAUCUGAAAUCAAUCAGCUAUUGCAGAGUAACCACGUAGUAUUCACAAGCUGCCUACGGAAAACCAGUAGUAUACAACUAUGUGAUUUUGUAUUAUGAUGGCAGCACAACUACUGCGUGUUUUGCCCCUGCUUGACGCAGUUGCGAGGGGUUCUGCCCCUCAGUGGGUUCCAUUGUUCCCCGUAUCUUUUCUGAAGUACGAGUUCCAGUUUCAUCUUGCCUUUUUUAGUUCUUAGAAAAUUAAUGCGCGAACUUGAUGAGACAGGCGUGUCUGGGCUUUUAACUACUACCUGUGCCGUCAGUAGGGUAAAUACUCACAUACAGUGAGUGACCAAACUUAUGAAAUCUUGGUUGAAAUUCCGAAAUGCUUUUUCCAUUAGGAAGGAUAACUUAGGCGCGGUUGUAAUACUGAUUACCUUGCGACAUAAUUCUAUAAUAUUUCGGACUCGGUAGGAUGACAGCUUUCGAAUGCACGGCCUUUCAAUCUCUUGCAUAAACCGCACUCGAUAAAAAGUGGCUUCUUAAGUAGCACGCACUUUCCCAUUGAUUUUUGAUGGUCUUGCAAAUCCAAAUAUAUUUGGUAGUAACCACAAGCAAAAAUGUGCUUUCUUUCGGCCGUUUAGUAGAAAAUUACGUCUUUUCUAUAUUGUAUACUCGAAGAAGGAGUAUAAUUUGUUUGUAAAAAAAGUUCUCAUAUUGCCGAAUAAGUUAGAGCCUGGUCAUUCGUUGCGUUAGCACUUAGUGAUUUCAUUCUACAAGGUGCACGCGUUCCGCGUAAAGAUAAUCACAUAUUCUUUAAUGCCUUUAAAAAGAAAUCAUAUAGAUUCCACAAAAUGUUGCAAUGGAUGCGGACUAUGCUGUACAUUUCAUGAGGAGCUGUGGUAAACGGCCAGGUACGAUGCUAUGCGAAUGGGCAUUUCGCGGUCUUAAAAAAUCCCAUAAUUAGAAACGUUCUGCCGAGUCUGAAAUAUUAUAAGAUUAUGCCGCGAGAUAAUCAGUAUUACUACCGCGCCUAAGUAAUCCUCUCUAAUCGAAAGCGCAGUUCAGAAGUUCAGCCAGCAUUUCAUGAGAUCGGUCACUUACUGUAAUUGGAACGUAUUCCAUCAAUGAUCGCAGUGAUAGUUUUCAUAUGAAGAAAUAACAUUUAUAUUUAAUUUUUAAUUUUCUAUUCAGGGUGACACUUGAUUAAUUAGUAUUAAACGAAUUUGAUUAGAGAAUUUAGUGCCUUAUAUACAUUUAAACGUUUCUAUUGUAUUAUUUCACAGGCUGGCAUUUCCGAACGUAACGGCUGCAAGGUUUCAAAAAACCUUCAAAGUUCGCCCUCAUUUCGAUCGCACAUCUGGACUGUUGCCCCAGAGGAGACGCAGACAGACUCCGAGAAAAUUCAAAAUAUUGCUGACUUGGCUGUCGAGAAGCACUUCGAAAAGGCACUUGCCAACUUUCGUACCCCAGAUCAGCAAACGCCCAAGUCCCCUCUGGAUCUCAGCUGUCCUGGGGACAGCAUAAUCGACGUAGUUUCUUCACCCAUUAGAGCAGAUCAUGAUGAAGUCCAGGAUGAACGUAGCACCAGCCAGGGCCACGCUGUUGUCAGGCCCAUCGUACUCAGCAGUUCAGCGCGCUCUUUUGAAUCAGGAAUUUCGGGGUCAGACGCUUCAAACUCUUCGCCCGGCAGUGGAUGUUCAUACAAGCCCAAGAAGAACUGGCUGGCUCAGUACGGAUGGCGAAAACAAGGCGCCUCGAUGGAUUUUUCUUCUUGCUUAUCCUGGGAUUCCGGUGACUGGUAUCUGGAGUCCGGCUGUUCGGAUAGGUCCGUGGAAAGCCUUAAAGAUGUGAAACCUGUCAGAAUGGAUCACCCAAAGUCAGAAAGACGUUUUCAUGCUUUGGGGACGAAGAGCGAAAAAGACGAUUUUGGGAAACUCAUUCAAAGGAAAAGGACUUCCUCAGUGCCUUGUCUGACAAACGCACUUCCCAUUCUUAACCACGAGACCUUUCAAAUGAAUUCCGGUCUGAUCGAUCCUGAUGGGCGGAACUCGACUUUUAGCAGCAUGCCAUGCUCCUCAUCGUCCUCAUCUCCUAAUAAUGCGAGACAAAAAAUCUCAUUUUUCUCAGAAUCGUCAUCCGAUGUGAGUACUUAUAAUGCCUUGGUCUCUUUAUUUUGUUCAGUUAUAAUAGUUUUACGUUGAAUCAUGCCCGACGUCUGCUUUUUUUACUGAUAUAUGGUCCAGCGAAAUGAAAGAAAACUAAUCUAUUCUACCGACAGGUGUUUCACUCAUCUGCCUGACAUCCACAGAUGCACACUCGUCCCGACUGCGUUGCGAUAACCACGCUCGACUAUUCCUGGGCGGUCUCAGUCAACCAUGCAGAAACCGGCAUGGGUAUCACCAGAUGGAGACUAGCGACGGAGAUACUUUUUCUGUUUUGUUUCUUGGCGGAUUAGUAAAGCUUUGGACGCGGACCGCCGAAGAAGGUUCUAUGGAGGAUCUGUUCAACUGUACAAGAAUCACUUACUAGCCCGUGGUUUAAGGAGUGAAUUGGUAUAAGCACGAAGAAUUUACAACAUAAUCAACCAUGCCCAUAAAGUGGGACCUACUAGCACCAUGAUAUUUCGUGUCUGCCCUUCGGUUGCAUCAUGUCCUCCUAAAGUGCACCAGGCAAGGAAUUCACAGUACUUAAAGAAUGUAAAAAAAUCAAGGUCAUAGUUCAGAACAAUCAAACUAAUUGAUGAGCAGCCACCUGAAGCUUGAUGAAGUUGACUUUGUCGUGGCAACGCCAAGCUUUUACUUUUGCACACACUCAUAAAACAGCACCGUCCUAUUCUUGCUUUUUUAUGGCGUUUCGAUGAUUCCUUAUUAUCUAGAUUGUUUGUGCAGAAUUACCAUCUUAUUGACUACAUAUAGACUUUUUUUAAAAAAAACAGACCAAUGCGCACUUACUACUAGUUAUUCAUGUUUUGUAACGAUAGAAAGCAACUAAAAAGCCGUCGUAAAACUUGGUUUUGAUAAGCUCUUUCGCAUUAGCUUAAUAAACUCUCUCUUCAGAAAAAGUGCUUUUCUGUCAAGCGACGUUCAUCGUAAAACUUUUCUGAAUUAAAAGUAAUGACCAGGGGAUCCAGCAGUUCGGUAGACAAACCGUCUAUCUGUGGGUUUUCUCGAUGCCACUACCUUUAAUUCCGCAAGAAGCUUUCCAUUUCCGGAGUUUCAGUCUUGCGAACUUACGCCGUCAACUAAGUCAGAAAAGGUUAUGUAAAUAGGUACAGUCUAUUAGGCGUUAAUAGAAGUGAAUGACGGUCAAUUGAUAGGCACUCAUUGCAAAAAUCCAGGCUUACUCCGAGGUGAAGAACAAAGUCAUAAGUUUUCAACUCCGAUAUAAAAGUGUCGCCUUUGAUCGACUUUGGAAGGCGAAGCACCUACUGUACUAUAUAUAUCGAAACGAAAUUCGGAAAGUGACUGUUUCUUGUAAAGACGUGCCUCUUAUCAAAGACAGACACAUUAAAGCGACUGGCCCUCUGACCAUUAUAAGAAUUGACAUCAAGCAUACGAACAGACUUUGAUUCUAAACGGAAUUUGCAAGUGACAACGGUCGUUUCCUUAACUUCUAUCUAAGUGAAUGUUCAAAAAACAGAGCAGUUUUAAAUUUCGUUUUUCGGAUUUUUCAAGAAAUUCUUCUAACUAGGCCUAUUUAUGUUUUUUCUCUUUUUACCCAAAAUACUUGGGACAAAAACUUAAAUUUAAGGCAAUUAUUCCCAGAACGUAAUAGAUAAACCUGUAAAAGCAGUGGUGACAACGGAUUUUCGGGGUUGAUUGUGCCCUACCGAAGUGUAUAAAAGCAUUAAGUCCAUUGCAGUAGUAGUAUCAUUCUGUCACACAGAAGGCUAUGGAGUGAAAAGCAACAACUUCCUGAGAAAUCAAUAAAUUGCUUCUGCUUUGGAUUAUUUUAGAUGGUAGGCCGCCGCAUAGCGCGAAGCACUAGACAGUCACACACCAUUUGCGGUGUUUUUUUUUCGAGUCUGCUGAGUAGUUCUGUUUUUCGUUAGCUAUUUGGUUCCUGGUCAACGUAAUCUCCUCCACAAAGUAAUGAUUGUUAUUAGGCAUAUUGAAAAGUAUAAAACCUUCCGACUACCAUACAAAGACAAAUUCCUUGUCAGUUUGGACUGCAAAGCAAACGCACUACUUUGCCCAUUAAGCAGCUCAUGCACUUUUUUCCUAGUUCAUUCAGUCUUCACUUUUGAUUGAUAUUUCAUGCUCUCCAGUUUCUUUUGACUUAAAGUUGAUCCCUCUUAUUUUACGCACGCAUAAACAGGAUGAAGCUCCAGUGGUCCAUAUAGCCAGUGCUCCCGAGCGGAGAGCAGCCACAGCCCAACUAAACAGCGUUCAGCGCCAACAUCUCGUCCAUUCUAGGCGUCCGACGCUCCCACGCAGACGGAGUGAAACAGUCAAGAGCGACAGUGCUGACUGUCUCCUACACAGGGUACCUCAGUCCGCCCUUACGCCUGACGUUUCUCCCACUGCAACCUCCGGCUUCUUCACCGACUCCUCCUUCUCCUUAGACCUAACCCUUCCCACAGUUUCAGAGGACAACUUACCUGGCGCUGGCUGUGAUGCAAAACGUCCUGACCAAAGUCAGUCGUUUACGCCCGACUGUCAGCAUCAUCGCCAGCGUACAAAAGGCCACAACUACCCUUCCAAGUAUUGGACAAUUAGGAAGAGAGCGGCUUCCGACGCCAAUCACCGGUGCUGCUUGAAACGUUCCAGGUCACUGGCUGUGGAUAAAAUGGCGCGGGAAAUUCCAGGUCGCUUGGAUACGGAAGAGGUUGAUGAGACAAUACCGUGA